AUGGCACCAUUCGCCAACAUUCCGCUCUCGCCCGCCGAACUCUCCUACCUCCAUACCUCGCUCUCCCAAGACCCGCCCAUCCGACCGGACGGCCGCGCGCCCACGCAAUUCCGCCCGCUCGUCGCCGAGACAGACAUUCUCCCCUCGGCAAAUGGCAGCGCGAGGAUCUGUUUCGCAGACGGCACCGAGGCGGUGGUCGGAGUGAAGGCGGAGGUGGAGAAGAGCUCGAGGCGCGGUGGGAUGUGUCGUGCUGCUGCUGCCCAAGGGGAACGCGGACUCGGUACAUCCGGGGGAGGAGACGAUGUGGAUAUGGGCGAUGAUGAUGAUGAAGAAGGAGGAGAAGUUGCGAGGAAAGGCAAAGGCGAGGGGAGUUGGUUGGAAAUUGCGAUUGAGAUUCCCGGGAUGCGCGAUGAUGAUGCGCUGCCGGUCUUUCUCUCUGCCAUGCUGAGUGAAGCGUUGCUUGCGGAUGGGGAGCUGAAGGACCGGUUGUGGAUCAAUUCGCGGUUUCAUUGGAGGCUCUAUGUCGAUGUACGUGCCCAACAACAACAACAUCACAUUACACCGUCACUUCCGUCCUGCGGACCGAAGGAGUAUUUUUUGUUUGGAAGAGCGGUUUUUUGGCUGAUACGGUAAGCCUUCUACUACAGAUUCUCCUCCUCUCUCAACCUCUCUCGUAUCCCCUCCCGCUGCUCUCCCUCACGGCACACCUGGCCCUGCUCUCCACGCGCCUGCCGGCCUUGGUAUCGGAGAAGGAUGAAGACCCCUUGUUCAACGACGACUGGGAGGCGGCUACAUACCUCUUCCCUCGGGACACCAGCGGCGCGGCCAAGUCGAAGCCACCCGUCACCUUGCUCGUCAUGACAGUGCGGGAGAACAUCCUCUUCGACCCGAGCAAGGAGGAACUCGCCGUCGCGGAUGCCGUCGUGGCGGUCUCGACGGCCCAGGGCAAGGAUGGCAGCCUGCAGAUGGUGGCUCUGCGGACGAUUGAUCCCCCGUCUCGACUCACGGCGGCCGGCGUUCCGGAUCGCAUCAAUUCGACGGCGGGCGGGAGCGUCUCGCCCGACGAGGCGUGGAAGUUGCGGGAGAAAGAUGCCGGACAGACGGUGUGGCGGCCGCCGCGCGGUGGUAUUGGGAGAGCACUCAUGUCGCGGGUCAUCAAGGCGGUGGUGGAGACGGGUGGAAUUGCGCAAGAGGUCAUGGACGGGUUGCAGGGCGUCGAGACGUGA